AUGGAGGCCCAUCCGCUCAUGAAAAAGGGUGCAUUCAUCUUCGCAAGGCCUCUGAGCGACCCCGCCAAGCUGCUGACCCCGCGCAGCAAGAAGAACGAACGCAACUUGGCGCCCAUCCUGGGUAAACUUGCAGGCUCCAUCAAGGGCGAGGAGCUCAUCUCGCUGGAGACGAUUGCGCCGGCACGGCUCGACACCUCGACCUCCGACAUCAUCAUCGUCAGCAGCAGCAGCAGCACCAUGGUCUCGCUGCUGCUCGCGGUCACGGACACCUACCGCAUGUCGGGCGGUUCGAUGGUGUCUCGCCAGUGA